AUGGUCCUUACUACAGUGAUAAACACUAUCUCUGACUCUUAUACGUACCUCAAAAAGCUUUCUACCAGCGACGAUACUCUCACAACUCAAGAAUCAAUGUCGCCUUCGUCGCCUGUCACUUUUGGAGCGCUCGAAAGUCCAGCGCUGUGCGAAAGAUGUCACCCCGUGCUGAUGGAUGAUAGCAUCGAUGACUUCAUUGAGGAAGAGUCUGCUUCUUCGGACUCUGCUGUAACGUUGAGACACAAAGCUGAAGGCGAAGGUGAACUUAUCAUGUUGGGAUCGCCUUGCCAAUGGAGGGACUCGCUACCUUCAUUGCCAGUGCUGGCGGAGUCUUCAACCAACGGCUGCCACCUGUGCACAUUCAUCCGAGAACACAUCAUCAAACGUGGGAUAAACUAUAGGGGAGAUGUCUACAUUAAUGGCGGAUACAUUUGGGGCGCUGACAGAGAUGUAUUCGGCUCGAAACCGAACGAGGAAGGCCUUGUAUUUUGGCGGUGUGAAGUGUACAAACACCCUGAGCAGGAGUUUCUUGCGGCUAUAACCUUCAACAUCGAAUCCGACGACGACAAUGUCACAGAUUGGUUACGAGUCGACGACAAGCGACGUCCCCGGUUGCUUGAUCCCGCCAAUGUAGACUGGAUAAAGUACGAGCUCAAAAGGUGUCAGAACGAUUGUGAUCAUGUCAAGGAAGACACAGGCUUCAUUCCAACAAGGCUCAUAGACGUUGGCAGCACCGAUCUAGACGUCCCGCGCCUUGUAACUUCGGAUAUCCUGCACAAAGGAAAUGAGGGAAACCUUCGCAGAGUUGAAUAUGCGACACUCAGUUACUGCUGGGGAUCUAGAGAGGAUGCAGCUGAGCAGUUGAAGACCACCAGAAAGAACUUAUCAGAACACCUUGAGGGUAUACCACUCGACUUCAUGAGUCCGGUUGUGAAAGACACUGCCAUCACCUGUAGAGCUCUCGGUCUACGAUAUCUUUGGGUGGAUGCCCUGUGCAUAAUUCAAGGAGAUAUAGAAGACUGGAAUUCGGAAAGCUUGACCAUGGGUCGUGUGUACUAUUGCUCGACUCUGACUAUUUGUCCGUUGGCGUCUGCGUCCUGUUUGCAGGGUUACCUUGGUGAAAGGGCACCAGGUCUCGACUUGCCUUUUCAAUCGAAACGACGCGAGAGCGUUCGCGGGACCUACACGUUCUUCCCUUCUUCGGAUGAUCGGAAGCCCAUUUGGAACUCUUCGUCACUGAUCAAUGACUUGAAGCGGGCAGUAUGGGAAACCAGGGGCUGGACGUUCCAGGAGAACAUGUUGUCGACGAGGCUGCUCUUUAUCGGGCCUGGGUUGUGGCACUUUGCCUGCGAGAACGGCUCAACAUCUGAGAAUUCAUAUGUGAAUCUCGGAUCAGUCGUUCACGGAUCCUUGAGACCACUCGUCAACAUAGCACGAGAGCCGAAGCCAACUGAUCCUAUUGAAGUAUGGCGUAGGGUGCGCAACGCCUACGCCCGAUGGGAAGAGAUACUGGAGAUUCAGACAAGGUCGUGGAGCUACAGAGAUGAUCUCUUGGCCGGCAUAGCAGGAUUGGCUGAGGAGUGUGCCAAGAUUACGGAAGAUACCUACCUUGCUGGCCUAUGGAUGAAUGACCUGCAACACGGGCUUGUCUGGGAAAUGCUUAACCCGGACGUUGGUACCCUCGAGACAGAACUCCGACAGAAGAGGGAUCAAAAGCCUUACGUCGGCCCGUCGUGGAGUUGGGUUUCUCAGCUACGGCCUUUCGAGGUUUUACCAUGCCGACGCUACAACGUGGACAAUCCUAGGCCACAAGAGAAGCUUUCAAACAACCAGAAGCUUAUGUCAUUAUCAGACACAUUGCCAACCCAUGUUCGAGCCGAAUACACCAUCGCCGGGAUUCACAUGGACUUGCAAUGGCGCAGCCCAUUUGGUCGACUUAAUCCCGGCUCAUACCUUCGAAUGCAUGCAUCGUUGUCCGACUUCCCCUCAGAUGUGAAUGUCGAACCCAAACGCAAGGGAAACCCCCCGAUCGGAUACUUCUCUGAUGGGAGUGGCCUCUGCAUGUUUGACUGGUCCGUAAACGCAGCUACUAUACAGCAACCAGGCCAUAUGAAGCUCUUGUUGACUUCCAGUUGUUGUUAUAAGACUAAUAACUGGGGUAAACUGCGAUACCUGUCCAGUUUGCGAGACGGGCCAGGGAGGUCUUUCCUUUUCCCAGAGGGUGAAAUGGUCUUCAAUUGUGAAGACUGGAGAAGGACAGAGCAAUGUUCCUCCUGUAAAGAUAGCGAUGCUCCGAAGACUGUUUGGGGGCUCAUUGUUCAUCCGGCGGAUCGCCUCGAAGGCUAUUAUCGAGUCGGAAUAUUUCUAAUAUUCUCUGAGGGCGGCCAUGGACGCAUCUUUGCGACUGGAAAGAAGCAAGAUGUACUCUUACUUUAG